AUGAACCGAAAUGGUCGCAUUUUAUGUUUAUUAGAAGUUAGAUUCGAUGAUAUUGCAGGCACCAAAUGGUUGUCCCAUUCACUCUCGUCUGAUUUGAAGAGCGGAAAUUUCUCGCGGGUUGAAUUGAACUUCAAAGGUGAGAUCGAUAGUAGAGGGGAUGUUGAUGAUGUGAGCAGAAACGAAGCAGAAGAUACUAGUUCAGAAGACAGGAUCAUGAAUGCACGUGAAGAUAAGAAAACCUUUGACGAAAGCCCAAGGCAGAAUAUGCAUCCGGAAUCAUUGUAUGAAGGAGUAACGGUGCAAGAGGAAAACAGUGGAGGCUAUUUGCGAGAUUCUACGCAAGACAAUUGCACAGACGCUGGUCGAAGUAUUACUGGUGUUCCCUCUGGACCGCUUGCUACUCUCAGCGAUUCAUUGCUUAACAGAAGAAGAUCAAGAUAUGAAGAAUCAGCCAACCAUACCGAUGUAUGUGCUGGUUAUUCUCCAUUUGGUGACUUUAAUUACAGACAAAGAAAUGAACUGAUUGAAGAUGCGAAUAUGUUCAAGUACAGAAUCGAACAUUCAGAUCACUUCUUCGAUAAGGAGUAUUCGAUUACCACUACGGUGUCUUAUACAGAUCAAAUGUUCCGCAAGUUUCCGAAGUAUAUGAGAAUGUCGCAUUCAAUGGGAAAAGACAGUAAACCACUCUUCUGGAAAACAUUCGAUACCGAUGGAGAUUUUCUAGGAAUAUCCCCCCUCUUACGAUCCAAGGUUCAGCUUUCACGUACGUGCAGUGUCAAUGUCGUUUACACCGACAAAAAUCUCUAUGCUUGUCAGUCGCGUGACAAGAAAACUCAAAGUACGGUGUCCAAUGAUGGCCAAAAUCAAGAUACCGGUGAAAGUCAUUACCAUUCCCCUGUUGGUAGAAGUGAUUAUCAAACAGGAAACGUUGGUACAGAUAGAUCAACAAAAGAGAAUCGCACGUAUGACGAAGCCAAUGAAAACUCAAGGAGUGAUGCAUCUGGGACAAGUGGCAUGACAAGAUAUGAACGUGUUCUGCAGAAAACAACCUCGUUCAAUAGCAUUCAGCGAAUAUCUGCACUGCAGAAAUCAUCUGAUAGACAUUCACCGACUAACGUUGAACGUAUAACCAUACCAGCAGAUAUCAGGCGAAUGAGACCAGAUCGAUUGUCACGCUCUCGUUCUCCACGUCGUUUGAACGCCUUUGAACGUUGUGAACGACGAAGCAUUCAAGGCGACGGCACGUUACUCUGUGACGCCGACUGUCUCCUUCGGAUCAAUUUCUUCGCGGAACGUCUCACUGAACAAAUUGCGGAAUUGGCCGUUAUCGAUUUGACAUUAAAAUUCAAGCUUGAAUCUAAUCCACGCGCUCUUUAUUUCUCUGAAUUGGACGGCGAUGAUGUUGCUCUUCCACCAAUGACACCUUCUGAAUCAGGCGAAGAACGUACUGACGAUGGAGGUGCAUCAUUUUCCGUAGUUGCUGAUGACCAAGAUGUGUCACCAAAACCACUAGGAUGGUUUUCCAUAUUCGGUGGAAUGUCAAGGCGGUUAAGUCGUGACGAUCGUCCGCGUUCAGCACUUCCAUUCGUCUUGAGUGUCAGUCGCCGACCAAGCAGUGAAUCAAGUCGAAAGAGUUCAGCUGAAUUCAUGGACCUUUUGCGACGUGCUUCUGGUACCAGCUCGACACCACAUUCGGACAACGAUUUUAAACUGCCGGAUCAUGCCUUUGUUGGUUUAUCUGGGGAAGAGAAAGAACAUGUUGUUAGGGUUAUGGCAGCAUCGCGUAAAACGGCCAGCAGUCAGUCAACGCCAAGUGCUUCAAGAAGAGAUUCGAUUAGCCUUCAUCUACCAGAUCUAGAAGAUCUUCACUUGUACGAACGCCAGCAUAUUCAAGACGUCAUCGAGAAAGCAGAAAAACGUGCUCCACCAUUCGUCAUUAAAGUCACUAAUGCAAUUGACACGAUAAAAGAGUCAUCAGUGGACAGCGUUGAUGUUCCAGUUACUGGAACUUCACUGAAAAUAGAUUUACCUGCAACGGCUGAUGCCAGUGAGGUUGGGAAUGUGAUGAAAUCAGUCUCGGAAGAAAUCGACGAUAACGGCAUCAGAGUGGAUCCAGUUAGCUGCGAAAACCCCUCUGAUUCAUCUAUCAUGGAAACUUCGUCAGAUCAUCCGAGUAGAUCAGUUUCAAAGGAUUUCAAAACCUGUUCGAAGGAGCGAGAGUUGGAGAAAAUCUCCUCCCAGAUUGAGCAUAAAUCUCUGGAAAAUGAAGGCGUCCAUCCUGAAACUGAGAUCGAUAGAAAGCAGCAAGAGACAAGUAUCUCAAGCUUGCUGAGUGAAGGAGCAUAUAACAUUGAUUAUUCUCAACUAACUCCAUUAUACGAAAUGGAAGAUAGCGGAGCUCAUGAAGAAAAGUCUGAGAAAACAUCAGCAACAGCUAUGUACAAUGAUCAAGAAAUGACUGCUGAGGAACUGGAACAUAUUCAAAGAAUGGCUGAAAUCGCAGCCAGCAUGGAUGCUGAACUCACUUUCCCUGCUACACCAAGGGGACCAAUUAUGAAAAGAGAAUCAGUAUCACAUCUUCCUGAAAAACAACAUGAACUGCGAUCUUCGGAACUUUCAAUUGAAAAGGAGGAACAUAGCGGCAAAAUGCCUCAACUUGCGAUGGAUCUGGACGCAGAGUUGCCAUUAUCUAUUGAAACGAUACCAAAUUAUCCAGCAAGUGAAGGACCCACUCACGAUGUGGGUUCAGCCUUCACAGAAGAUUCAUUGCAAUUACUAUCGUCAGUACAUUCUGAAGAAAAACCUGUAAGAUCGUUGGAUGAGACAGAUAUUGCAACUGAUGACAAUUCGAGUGUUAUGUUCACCGCGGAAGAGCUGGAACAUUUCAAAAGAAUGGCAGAAUGCGCAGCCAAUAUGGAUCAAGAAGCCCCGCUUCCGUCAGAACCAUACGGAAGGGUUCACAAAAGUGACAUUACGUUACCGCUGAUGGGAGACGUGCAACAACCCAGAAACGAAAACGUACUUUCGUCAGUUGAGAAUGUGACAAAUGUUGAUAUUAUAAAACGAGAUUCAUUGAACGGGGAGAAUUCUGGUGAAAAUAUACAAGAAGGAGGUACCCAAUUAACUGCCGAAGAACUGGCGCAUAUUGCUUAUGUUAACAGUUUAGCGGAAGCAGAAAGUGAGUAUAGCCAACCGAUAAGGGAAAUGCCGAGAUCUCCAAUAAGUGCGCACGAUGAACAGCAGUUAUCUGCUGAUGAACUGGAGCAUAUUCGCGCAAUUGAACGAAUGGCACAAGCCGAAGAAAAUCCAUCAGGCGCGUUUCCCUAUGAAAUCGCUCACGAUCCUGCUCAGCAAGUUCAACAACCAUCAGCGAAAGAUAAAUAUGAAUCAAGCACCACCAUGAAUGUUGACCAUACUAUGAGAAUUCCGUCUGCAGAAGCGAUCUCGGGAAAAGUUUCAUCAUUGUCGCGAGUUGGAUUUGGGAAAUUGAAAGGCGCCAUGAACGUAGUAGCUAAAGCUGCUGCAGAAACACUGCCAAUUGUGGACGAUCAAGAUGAUGACGAUGUAUACUACGUAGCAGAUGAAAUCGAUGAAAAAUGGAGUGACCGUCUCGAGGAAACUCCUUUCGACGACCACCACCAACCUUUCGAUGCAUCACAUCGACAACGAAUGCUCGAAGCGGGUCUCACCGAUCAUGAGAUUGAUCAAAUUGCAGAAAUUGAAGCUAAGGCGAUGCGGGAGCUGCCAGGUGAACAAACAGAACGGAACAGCGAAUCAAGCACUUCCGAGGAGAUUCUUGUGCAAGAGAUUGGUACCGAUAAUGGAAUCACUGAAGAAGAAAUGGAACAUAUACGUAAGAUUGAAGAAAUGGCCAACACCAUGGAAACUGCCGAAAUGAACGCACAACCGAAAUCAACUUCUAUAUUCAGUUCCAUAUCGUCGGUGAGCAAAACCAUUGGCUUACCUCAAUUGAAUCUUGCCGAUUUGAAGGAAUCUGUAUCAAAGCCGUUGAGUGGAGUGCGACAAUUUGGUGAAUCACUGAAAACUGAUAUACAAGAAGAACGUGAGGAGAACAAGAAAAAUAAAUCAUUUUCCGUCGUUAGUGUUCAGCUUACAGAUGAAGAACUCGAACAUAUUGCGCGCAUUCAACGAAUGGCUGAAGCUGAAGAAGAGGCAGUUUCUCAAAUGAAGUCGACAUCAUCUGUGCAACGCAAAAGUGAUUCGACAUUGCCAACUACAACUAGCGUGGCGCAGCACAAUUCCAUAAGUCAUGAUGAUACGUAUGGUGAAGGUGUUGAACAAUCAACAGUUAUAAAGUUAUCACCUGAAUCAAUUGAUGCAGAACAAGCUGAUCCUGCUAGCCAGCCUUAUCAAAGCGGACUUUUGGAUGAAGUGGAGAGUGAGGAACACAAUGCUGAGUCUGCUUCAUCUGAAGAAACUUCUGGACCAAGUGAAGCCACAUCAGACGAAGAUGUUGAGUAUGGAGUAGGAAUUGAUCAACAAAUGAGGCAAUCAAGUCAAGAAGAAAGAUUAGACGAAAUAGAAGUCAAACAACCGAAAGAUACCGAUCAGGCGAUGCAGAUAACUGCUACAGGAGAACAAUUAACAGCUGAAGAACUCGAGCAUAUUAGACGUGUCCAAGAGAUGGCCGAUGCCAUCGAUGUUAACGUGACAGAAAAACCUAGCGUUCGGCCCUUCGGAAUGGAUAUUGCGCAGCAGAUAAGUCAAAAAACUAGUAGUUUCGCAGGUUUUGGUUUCGGCAAGAUUAAAAACGCCAUGAAUCAAGCUGUUCAAAAAGGCUCCAAAGAUGUUUCAUUCUCUGGUCAAAGAGAAGAUAUGGCAGAACCAGUGAGACAGUCAACUACAGAUCAGACGAGCAAACAUAAAGAAGGCUUAACCGAUGAUGAAUUGAAGCACAUUCAAGAAGUAGCGAGAAGGGCAGAAAUGGACACAAUUUUGCGUAAUGCAGCGGAUCCACCGCAUACAUUACAAGCAGAAUCCCAAAGUGCGCCUGUUGUUGAACAGGUCGGGAUGAUAACUGAUUUAUCAAGCACAACGUUUGUUCAAAAUGAUCGCUUACCAUCUAUAGCAUUCGCUGAAGCCAAAACAGCGAUGAACGCAGUUGGAGAGAGCAAUCAGUUAACAGCUGAAGAAAUGGAGCAUAUUAAAAGAAUCAAUGAAAUGGCCCAAAUUAAUGAGCAAUUAUCAACUGGCAUCAUCGAACUGUCUUCGCAGACACAAGAGAUACAGCAGCAAGAGGCUGUUGUGAAAGCAAAUGUCGAAGAAUUGUCAGCGGAAGAAUUAGAGCACAUUCAGAGGAUUGCUGAACUUGCUGAGAACGAUUUGCUCACCACUGCUGUUGCUGAUGCAGCUGAUGUCCAAUCAAAAGGUGCAGAUGAGAAGCCAGAAGUUCCACUGACAGAUGAAGAGCUUGCUCACAUUCGAAAAAUAGCAGAGCUGGCUGAGCAAGACGGUAUUGUGCAGCCUAACUGGGAGCAUCAAUAUGAUGAUGAAAGAGUACCACCUGCUUAUGAAAGCCCAAAUGAGUAUCAAGACGUCACGGACGAUUCCUCUGAAGAACACAGCGCUUAUUCUGUGAGCAACUCAUCUGGUACAGUUUGCUCACUUGCCACACCGAAAGAAGCCACAGACAUUCAUUCGGAUACUGCUGAAGAGCAACGCAAAGACUCGUUCGAUUUGAAUGAACGAGAAGAUAUCAUCUCACGGUAUGCAGAUGCAGAUUCGAGUACUGAUGCUCAUGAACAAGCUGACCUUUAUGCUGUGACGGAUGCAAUCGCAGCUUCACGAGAACAAGGUUUAGAAGACGACGACAUGCAAAAAUCUGAAAAACACUUGCCUGGAGAAGGAGAACCACUCUUCGUUGCUGGCGCGGCUGAAGGACGGGAACACAGCAGUGAAGAUCAACCAGAGAAAUGUGAACACGUUGACAGAAGUCGAAGUCAUGCGCCAAGGACAAUCUCAUUGGAUACUGGAAGCAUCGCUUUUGAUCGGAAAUUGGACGAGCAGAGAUCAGCAGUCACUGUUGUGAGAUCCGAAUCGCUAGAUGCUGAUCGCAAUAAAACUGACCGUCUUAAAUCGUUACGACGCACAGGUAGUAGAAUUGGUGAAUUCCGUAUCAAAUCAGUGAAGGAGCUGAGUCUUGCAGAAGAUGUAUCCGAAUGGUAUGAGGAACAGUUGAAUUCGUUGAGGAAUUCAAUAUGUGAUGAUGAGUCGCUCAAAGAAACUGGUUUGUUUUUUGUUUGUUGGAUAAUAUUGUUAUUCGAUGAGUUCACCGCGCAAUAUGUAUGUAGUUCUGCUAGGAAUCCUCAAGUUAGAGGUAAAAACAAUGUUUUACUGUGA